CCAGACUAGAAGUCAAAACAAGUGAAUCAAGCAGUUACUGUAACGAAAAAAAGGGAUAUAAAUAAAAUUUAAAAAAAGAAAAAACGGUAGUUUUUUUAUACAUAGUCCAAGUUUACUUUGGUAUAUUUUACAAACGUGACGGCAACUCACAGGUCUGACUCUUUAAACCAGCACUGCCUACCCCGCCCCUCUCCCCUAGGGUGAAGGCACUUUUGCCAGUUUUUUUGAGGGGACCAGUCAGAAAAAAGUAUCAUAACAUUCAAGUAGAUUGCCUCAGUUUAUGUAUAAUUCUUCAGCCUCGCAAUGAUUAUUUUACUUCAAAGUUACGAACGGUGCAUGCAUGGUUAACUAACACGUACAAUGCGGGCAACUUGACAGCGCUGAAUAACCUUUGAGCUAGUGAAAGACGGAAGUAUUCGUCCUUUUCAGCUUUUUCACGCGCAAACCCGCUGAAGUCCCGCAGACGUCGCCUGUCCCAGCACUAUGGGUCGGCCGCCCUGGCGCAGAUCGCCCGCCACCCUGAGGAUCGCGGUCUUGCUGCUCCAAACCGUGUCCUCGGCAUUAUCGAGGAGACACGUUGUCUACUGGAACAGCACCAAUACAAGACUGAUCCAGGGAGACUACACCAUCCAUGUGGACCUGAACGAUUACCUGGACAUCUACUGCCCUCACUACCCCUCCGGGUCACCCACGCAGAGCCCCGUCGAAAUCCUGACGCUGUAUCAGGUCCUGGAAGAGCAUUUCCGUGGCUGCGUGGAGACCAAGCGCGCUAUCAAGCGCUGGGAGUGUAACCGGCCCCAUGCCCCCUUUGGCCCGGUGCGCUUCUCUGAGAAGAUCCAGAAGUUCUCGCCCUUCUCUGUGGGCCUGGAGUUCCGGCCUGGGCACCACUACUACUACAGCUCGCUGUCUGGGACGGGUGGGCCGCCCCUGCCCUGCCUGAAGCUCAGGGUCUCCGUUUGCUGUGAAUCUGGUGCUGAGCCCACCCAGAGUGCGGUACACAGCCGAUCAGCGGCCCCCGGCAGCCUGUCCUCGUUGUUCCCCCUCUUCCUGCUGCUCUUUCUCUCAGCCAUCUGACACGGCUUGUUAACACAGCUCGUUAAGACCACAUCUUUCCCCAAAUCUGCCCUGACCUACUCAAAGUCCUUUGGAGGCCCUCGCUGUCUCAAACGUGUCCUCAUGUGAAGUUCCGACUGCAGUCUGGCCCCCGCUGAUUCCACCAUGCACCCCCGGGGGGGCCUUUUCUAGCUGACCACUGUCUCCAAAGCGGGUGGCAUCCAUCUCCUGCUUUGGUGUCAUGUUAGCCCCACCCGCCACACUGAGCUGAGACAGAGGGACACUAAUCGCUCAUCAGGAGCUUAUUGCUACCCAAGAGGACAAGAUGAGGCUGGUAGUCACUUGGCAAAGAAGCUGGACCACAGCAAUCAAUAUAAUUACACGGGGUUUUACAGACAAUCAGCCGGUGAGCGUCGUGAAGAUAACAGAAGAAAUAUUCCUAUAAGAAACCCGGCGCCAAACCUGGCACGCAUCGGGUUUCCAGUGCACCAAGGUGACCAGUGAACACACACACAUAUCAACCAAAACUGCACAACCAAAACUGGCAGUUCUGGCGAGUUUUGUUUUUAUGGCCUCAAUCAAAGCAAGAUUGUAGCAGUGAUUGAAUAAGGUAUGCACUUGUGCCUUAUGGGCAAACCUGUGUCCCUGAAUUGCCAUGUCAGCUGAAUUUAUAUUACACCCCUUCCUCCUGACCUUCUGGUCCAAUUAGUAGCUAAUCUGUAUGAUUUAUACCUGAAAUUACACCACAGUUUCUCAUGUAAAAUCUGCAUGUAGUUGUAAUCCUUCAUGUGUGUUUUGGCAUUUUAGUUAAGUUUUAUUAGACAACUGAGUAAAAGAAGCUGAAUUUGACUGAAUUUGAAGGCAUUUUCUCAUUAUGAAAAGCCCCUAGUUUGCAUUGGGAAGAUUCAAAUGUCGAUGUGCUUUGGACACCAGCGGAGUCCAGGCUCCUGUGUCUGCUGGCUUUUAUUCCAACUGACCAAAUAAAUUAGGCUUCAUUGUUCUCGUGAUUGAAUUCUGACCCAAUUUGACCUCUUUACCCAUUAAUAAAUUCUGAGAUGGUACUUUAACUGACAUAAGCUAUAAGGAAAUAUUUCAUUUUUGCCUCUUAAAAUAAUAAUACCAUGCCAAAUCUAAUUAUGGUUAAUUAAAUAUUAAACUACAUAGAUUACUUAAUAGUUCAUAGCCUUUGAACAAUUCAAUAACUGAAUUAAUCCUAAUUAAGUUGAAUAGUAAUUUGUUGCAUCAUACUUGUAAAUGAACUUGAAGGUCCAUUCUGUUGAUUUAUUCGGUAUCUAUAACACUGUUUCUGCUUUAGCUGCAGUUUGCAACUUAUUAGACGAAGCAGAGAGAUUAAUACAAUGUAAUCAAUCCUGAAUACUGUGACUGACUAGAGGUUGCCUGGACCAAAAACCUGUAUACACAGAGCUAGUAUAGAACCAGACUUGUACCCAACUGGUUUAGAAUACAAGUACUAUUGAAUUCAUUGUGGUAAUAAACACCAGAGAUUUUGAUUACUGCAGAAUUAAUUAUUGUGAUAAACGUUGACUUAAAAUAACAUGCAUUGUAUUACAGUAUUUACUGCUUAUGCUAAUUAUGACAGCCGUCCCUAGUUAUGGUAGUGAUUAUGUAGUGCGUAUUCUGUUUCCCAGGGGCCGGAGGUGUGCUUCUACUUGCAAUUUUAGCUUGUAAUUUGCCUUAACCUCCAUUAUUCUGGUGUCAGCACAGCAUAUCUGUCAAUACGGAAUAUGGUUGUAAGUUCCUUUUGGAAGCUGCUCCAGAUAAAGGUGCCCAUUCAAUGAUAAAUGAUGGGAAAAGGCCAGCAAAGAGCACUUUGAACUGUGGGUCUGGAACCAGGAUUCACACUUGAUUCAGAUUGAGCAGCAGGGAUGAUCAGGGUACUCACAUUUAUUCUUUUACAAUGUUCUCUUGUUCUUCUGAGUUCUGUCAUUUGGGGGGAAAAAAGACAGAUUUUUGUUUUGUACCUUUUCACAUUUUUGUGAAUUUUGUGCAUCUUCUAUGAAGACCUGAAUUUUACCCUUUUAAUCAGGCUAAUAAACUCAAAUACAAUUUGAA